AUCGUUUAGUUGUUAAAUACAUUGAUGAAACCUUAAGAUUUGCUGUUGACAGAUAAAUAUUAUGUUAACUCUAAAAGUUAUGUAAUCUCUCUUACUAUCCCUCUCUCUCACACUCUUUCUUUUCUUUUUUUUUUCAGUGAUUAGGAUUUUGCUACUCCUACUCACAUAUUGUAACAUCAAAGACAUAUUUAUUUAUAUUAUUUUGCUAUAGUUUACGGUAAUCAAGAAGAAGGUGCAAUGAUUUCUGUCGAUUCCAUCUUUAAGAUUACAUAUUCUUGAAUACGUUCUUUUUUACUUGUUAUUUAAAUAAAUAUAGUUUAAACUAUCGUUUAAACUAUAGUUAAAUAAUAGUAUAAACUAAACUAAAAGAAGGAUAGACCUUUAUGAACAAUCAGUGAGCUUAAAUAAAUCAGUUACUCAUACCACUUAAUUCACGAUACGUAGAAGAGAAUUUUCCUUGCCACGAUAAAGAAAUACGUAGCCAUCGCGAGUGAAGACACGUCGUUUGUCGACACCUUGCAGAUUGUUAUCUUCUCGAAAAAUUGCGAAAAAAGCGACUGUCGAUUAUUUUUCUAUGAUUAUAAUGCGUUUUCGAUUUAUUGUAUUUUCUCUAUAUAUAACAUUACAUCAAUUUUUGUAGCACUUCAGUUUGGUACAGCAAACAUUUUUCUACAAAAUGAGGUAUUCGGCAGCUCUAAGGGCUUUUUGAUAACUGCUUUGGAACGACUUGGCUAUCCAAUAAUAUUGGGUGUCCUUAUACUGAUUAUUAAUCGGUGCAUGCCUAAUUUGGUUAUAUUUUGAUUCAAAACGGGAUAUAAAGUAUACGUAGGCCGAACUCAAGUGACCCAAUACCUAAUAAUAUUGUGAAUAUCCAAUAUAUUAGAUGACCAAUAUUAUUCGUCCCAAUAGAUUGGGUGACCAAAAUUAUUGGGACCCAAUAUAUUGUAUUGGUGAAGGCCUAACCGGCGCAUGUUUACCAAACGGUUGGAAUGCAAAUGGUACAACAGUUGCAGGAUCUACUGGCGUUUUAGGUUCAAAUGCGAGCCUUCUUGAGUAUCCUAAUGAUGUAGCUAUUGAUAGUAACGACAGUCUAUACAUAGCUGACACUAAUAAUCAGCGUAUCCAGCAAUGGUCACAUGGCUCUUUAACAGGUGUUACGGUUGCUGGUAGCGGUACUAUCGGCUCAACCUCAAACGACUUCAGUUUUCCUCGUGCACUAUUUGUCGAUACAACCAAUAACAGCAACAAUUUAUACGUUGCAGAUUUCUAUAAUUAUCGAAUUCAAAAAUGGAGAAAUGGCAUGAGCUCUGGCUUUACAGUCGCAGGAGCUGGUGGAAAUGCUUCGAACCAGUUCACCCUUCCGAUGGGCAUUUAUGUCGAUAGUAGCGCUGCCAUUUAUGUAGCCGAUACGGAAAAUCAUCGUAUUCAAAAAUGGACACAACGCUCUAGUAGCGGAACAACAGUAGCAGGAGGUAAUGGAAUGGGCUCAAGCUUGAACCAGUUGAGUUUUCCGCGAAAUGUGAUAUGUGACACAGAUGGAACUUUGUAUAUACCUGAUACCAAUAAUCAUCGAAUUAUGAAAUGGACAAUUGGAGCUUCAAAUGGUAGCAUCAUAGCGGGAAUAAGUGGAACAUCUGGUACAUCGGAAACUAUGUUAAAUUAUCCAAAUGGAAUUACUUUCGAUUCGGACAGAAAUUUGUACGUGGCAGAUUCAAGCAAUCAUCGUGUACAAAAGUUUCUUUCAUGCACUGGUACGUAA